ACACAUCAGGUUCUCUCCGUUCUUACAAGCGAAAUGCUGCACCCGAGGGAGGAGUAACGGGUAGGGUGGGUUUUCUUUUUUUUACCCGAGUACCGCGUGUUGUGGAUCAGAGCAUCGCAUGCUCGUUUUCUGUCUCUAUCUAGGUCCCUCACAUCGGCACUCCAUCCUGAAGCACACAGAAGAGAGCGAGUGAUGCUGGAGAUGCAUUCCUGAUUCUGAGCCUUUUUAGAGUCGCACUUUGCACAAAAUAAAAAACCUCCAACAUUUGGACACACACUCACACGCUUACUGUAGCCAUGACAACCUCGGCCCUGCGACGGCAGGUGAAGAACAUUGUACACAACUACUCGGAGGCUGAAGUGAAAGUACGCGAGGCGACCUCCAAUGACCCCUGGGGUCCGUCCAGCUCUCUUAUGUCGGAGAUUGCCGAGCUGACGUUUAGCGUAGCUGCGUUCAGUGAGGUCAUGGCCAUGGUGUGGAAACGCCUCAACGAUCACGGCAAGAACUGGAGGCAUGUCUACAAGGCCCUAACCCUGCUUGAUUACUUGGCUAAGACGGGUUCAGAGCGUGUAGCGCAGCAAUGCCGUGAAAACGCCUUCACCAUCCAGACGCUGCGCGACUUUCAGUACGUGGACCGGGACGGGCGUGAUCAGGGCGUGAAUGUGCGUGAAAAGGCCAAGCAGCUGGUGGCAUUGCUCAGGGAUGAGGACAGGCUCAGACAAGAGAGGGCACUGGCACUGAAGACCAAAGAACGGUUAGCAAGCGCAGGUGGCGGUGGAGGGUCAGGUACGGUGCCUCCUUCGUACCUGAGUAGGAGGAGCAGCCAGCCGAGCAUGGCAGCACUGUAUGGAGAGGAGUUCAGUCGCUCCAGAGGAUCUCCAUCUUCCUUUACCUCAUCUCCUUCGUCUCCAAGAGCCUCUGAUCUGGAACACUCUCGACCUCAAACCAGCGGAGAGGAAGAGCUGCAGUUACAACUGGCACUUGCAAUGAGUCGAGAGGAACACCGCAAAGGUCAUGACGAUGAACCCCAAGUUGAAAAAGUUGUAGACAAGAGCAGGAAAGACAGUCAAUGCAGACCUGGAGAGUCAGCCAUGAUUGAUUUGGUGGACAUAUUUGGAAAAUCUGGACAAACUGAAGCACCACCCAGUGAUGAUCUCUGGGAUGCCCAGCCUUCCUGCCCUUUAACCUCAGAUCCCUGGGAUACUGUUGCUGUGGUUAACACCAGUACCCCUGUAGUUGGUAGUCCCUGGAAACCCCACCCCUCGUCUGGUAGCCCAGAUCAACACUGGGUUACGAACCAAUCUCCACCAGACCCAUGGGGAGCCCUGCCCACUAAGUCCACAUCUAAGUCUACAGAACAACCCUGGAGAAGUCCAAUUCGACCAGCCUCAGCAGGAGUCGACCCAUUUUCCAUUCCUGAGGAAGAGGAACCUGGAGACACACGACCUAACAGUGUGUUCAGCCCUCGCUGUGAGAGUCCAACAGAUAUAGAUCCAUUUUCUGACUUGGUGGUGGGUGGGCAGGUAAAUGGAAGAGUUGAAGCAAGUUCGGUGACUUUUGACCGCUCUCAUCUUGGCCCUCCACUGGAUUCAGUGACUCCUAGAAAGUGCUGCACACCAGAGGCAUUUCUUGGCCCUACUGCUGCAUCACUCAUCAACCUAGACACACUUAUUCCCUCAAAACAACACUCACAAACACAUCCACUCAACCCUUCCAAUAUACCAGCCAAGAGCAAAAACCCCUUCCUCUCAGGUCUGAGUGCUCCAUCGCCCACUAACCCUUUCCACUGUGACCAACGCAGACUGACUCUGAAUCAGAUGCGUCCGAACUCCACUUCCCCACUGCCUGCUCAUGCUUUGCCUGGUGCUCUUCCCUACAGUGCCUCUCUUCCUUUGCCCUCAUCCCAAAACGCACCUCAGCCUCCAGACCUGCCCCCUAACCUUCCACAGCCAUUGUUGCCCCUCUCCUCUAUGCCCCGCCUCCAAACGGCCCCCCAGCUUCAGAGCCACAGCAACAAUCCAUUUCUCUGAAGGCCAAAAAUUACUUGAAAGUGAUCAGGCUGUUAUGAAGGCUGUUAAUUACACGCUCAGUUAGAGCUAAAGUGAAACAUGCUGAAAUAUGUACUAAAAUUAAAUUCAAUGUGAACAGACAAAUCUGGAUUUAGCAUAUUAAAAAAAACACAAUUUGAAUGUAAUAAAAUCACACAUUAGGCAUUAGAAUAAAAUUGAUCCCUGAAUUAAAUGAUAUAUAAUUCAGUAUUUACAGAAAUGAUUUAAGGUACCUGAAAUAACUGAUUAAGAUACCAUACUCUUUUAAUGACGUGCUAACAGAUACUCCAUCAUCUACAGUCUCGAGCAUGCUGCUUACGAGAUGGAGUUCAGCUGUCACAUGCUGCUUAUGAGAUGGGGUUUUGCUGUCAAUCAGCAUGGCUCUGCCCCUUGCACAACCAAAAGGACCUGUCAAUCACAAGGACACAAUGGUCUCAGGCCCGAAGAGUGCAGAACUAGGCUAUGACAGGGGGGUAAGGAACAUUUCAGGAAACCUGACAUGAACUAAUUUUGUGUUUCUCUUCUCGCCAACUUGUUUUCUAUUGCCUUCUGUCUAUGGAUACUUGUCUAUUCAGGGUCCAGCAUCGAUUGUAACCCUUGGCUUUUCCUCACAGAACCAUGUGCCUGACUCUAUGGCUUGUCCACAAUGCACUGUGGGUGGGGGGUUGAGAGGGGUUUCAUCUCCACACAACUUGGACCUCAGGAGCCCUGCUAACCAAAACCUGCACAACCAAGUAACUGCUCACAAGUAAACGUCUCUAUAUGUGGAGAGAUUUAACUAAAAGAAAAGCAAUGGGUAAAAACGAAGGAUAAACGAAGACAGUCUGGUUAUAUAUUGUAAUGCUGAACUACUCUAUGCUGUUCUUCUGUUGAACAAUAUAUUGAUUUAUUUAUAAAUUCAAGCUUUAUUGGCUACUGCUGAAUGAGUUUAGUGCAUCCUGUAAGGCAAAUACUUUGAGGUUAAUAUUUAAUGAAGACACACAUGAUAUACAGUAUAUCAGUAAGCGACAAUAAAUGAAUGUCAUUUGCAUUUAAAUGUGUUACACAUGAUUUAUUAGAGCAAUGAUUGAAUUUUUUUAAGAAUUAUUAUAUUAAUGUGUUCAUUC